GGAGGAGACCGAGGAGGGUCGAGAGACCGGAGGAGCACAAAAUGUCUAGGAGUCUAGGAGUGGGUGACAACGAAGCAGAAUAGCGUUAGAUAAGUAAACUAUCUUGAAGAUGGACAUGUGCGCUCUGGUAACAUGUUGGGCGAUCAUAAGUAAAACGGUUUGACUAUAGGAUUGAACUAAACGAGUACAUUCCCGGUGAUAUUUGUUGUAUCCACACUAAAGCUUUCUACUAGCUAAUGUUUGCUGACGUUAGCAUCAACGUUAGCAAGUGGUAGCUAGCAAGCCAGCUCAGCCAGUGGCAAAAGUAAAGCUCACCUCUCUGGUACAGUCUGCCGACUGCCAUGUCGGUGUUCGCCUAACACGGCAUUUCUUAUUUUACCGAGCUAACGAUAAGCUGUGGCCGCGAACAGGACAUGCUAGGGCGGCUUCUCGACCCGACAUGCUUCCCGAAAAAGAGCUGAAAGUUUGAGCUGUCAAGCUUGUUGACGUAGCUAAGCUACUUAGCGGAGCUAGUUAGCCGAGCGGCUACCAUGGCCAGGAUAGAGAACGGUCGUCAGUCGAUCGAUACGAGGAGCAUCAGAACGAUCAGCAGCAGCCACACGCACAUCGACGACGAGAGCUCCUUCGGCUCCGACUCGGAGCUCAACGGCUUCGUCAGCGAGCGGCACACCGACAAGUACGGCUUCAUCGGCGGGGCACAGAAGUACUCCGAGGAGUCGGCCCAGGACGUGCCUCCAGAAGUGCUCAGGCAGAGAGAGGUGAAAUGGCUGGACAUGCUCGGCCAUUGGGACAAAUGGAUGGUCAAGCGUCACGACAAGGUGAGGCUGCGCUGCCAGAAGGGGAUUCCCCCGGCCCUGAGGGGCCGCGCCUGGCUCUACCUGUCCGGGGGGAAGGUGAAGAGGGAGCAGAACCAGGGGAAGUUCCAGGAGCUGGAUAGCGAGGCAGGUGACCCCAAGUGGCUGGAUGUGAUCGAGAAGGACCUGCACCGCCAGUUUCCCUUCCACGAGAUGUUUGUGUCGCGCGGAGGCCACGGGCAGCAGGAUCUGUUCCGUGUCCUGAAGGCCUACACGCUGUACCGGCCGGAGGAGGGCUACUGCCAGGCCCAGGCCCCCAUCGCCGCUGUGCUCCUCAUGAACAUGCCUGCUGAGGACGCCUUCUGGGUGCUGGUCCAGAUCUGUGAGAAGUAUCUCCCUGGCUACUACAGCCCCGGCCUGGAAGCCAUCCAGCUGGACGGGGAGAUCCUGUACGCCCUGCUGCGCCGCGUCUGUCCGCUGGCCUACCGCCACCUGGAGAAGCACAAGAUGGACCCCAUCCUCUACAUGACGGAGUGGUUCAUGUGCGCCUUCUCCAGAACGCUGCCCUGGGCCUCGGUGCUGCGCGUCUGGGACAUGUUCCUCUGUGACGGGGUGAAGAUCAUAUUCAGAGUGGGCCUGGUGCUGCUGAAGUGCAUGCUGGGAAGCCGUGAGAAGCUGAAGGCCUGCCAGGGCCAGUACGAGACCAUGGAGCUGCUGCGAGCCCUGGAGCCCCGCUACAUGCAGGAGGGCUUCCUGGCCCGGGAGAUCGUGGAGGUCCCCGUGUCGGCGCGGGACAUCGAGCGGGAGCACCACUCCCAGCUGAAGCGCUGGAAGAAGAACCGCGGCGAGCUGAACUUCAAGUCCCCGCCCCGGAUGCAUGGCGCCCGCGUCAUCAUGUUGGCGGAGCCGCCGCGGCGCCAGGACCUGCAGCAGAACCCCACCAUCGUGGUGCCGGUGCCCCCGCCCACGCCCCAGAUGAAGAAGGCCCCCAAAAGCAGGGAGGAGCGGAGCAGCAUCAAGAAGAAGAAGAGCGGCCGCAAGUCCUCCCAGACCCCGGAGCCCAUCCCCAACCCGUACCCCAUCAUGGAGGAGCCCCCCCCCCAGACCCCGCCUCUGCUCUUUACCGAGACACACCCAGCCUCCCAGCCACUCCCAGCCCAGCCUCUCCACUCCCAGUCACUCCCCACUGAGCCCCUCCACUCCCAGUCACUCCCCACCGAGCCCCUCCUCACUCCCAGUCACUCCCCACCGAGCCCCUCCUCUCUCAGUCCCUCCUCACCGAGCCCCUCCUCACUCAGUCACUCCCCACCGAGCCCCUCCUCACUCAGCCCCUCCUCACUCAGCCCCUCCUCACCCAGCCCCUCCUAACUCAGCCCCUCCUCACCGAGCCCCUCCUCACCCAGCCCCUCCCCACCCAGCCCCUCCCCACUCUGCCCCGCCCCUCCCAGCCACUCCCCCUAGCCCAGCCGGAGCCCCCGCUCCCCCCAACAGCAGAACCGUUGCCCACGCCGGGGCCUGACCCUUCCCAGCCGCAGCAGACACCCCCAAUAGAACCCCCGCUCGCUGCCAAAGAAUCCCUCCUCCAGAGGUCCACCCACAGCCUGAGCAGCACGGAGCAGGACACCUACCUGUAGCGCCCUCUACGGCCCCGACGGGGAACCAGCAUCCUUCCCUUUUCUAACACCCGCACCAGCACAGGGGCGACAGCAAGCGACUCCACUACGUGUGUUGAUGAAUGGGAGGUAAUCAUUUUUCUUUUUAAUCACGCUUGCUCGAUGACGACACCACAUUGUUUGUACCCAAUGUUGUGUCUCAUGCCUACAUUAAGCAGCUUAUGCUAUAGUGUCAAAGAAUCGAUAUCCAUGUGGUCAUAGCUCCCCUGGUCAAUCUGGUCCUGUUACCUCUAAUCAUUUCCUUUUUGUUUUUAAUGUGCGACUCUAAGCGAUUUGUAUGCAAGGCCGUCAUCGGCGCAUUUCAGUUUCAGGGGAGGUUGAUGAAAGCUCCCCAUACAGUCUGAUCUUUAUGCUAUACAUUUAUGGUGACAAUCCAUGCUGUCGAGUUCAAUCAGACAAUGGCGAUGUCCUCUUCUGUUACAAGCUUGUUGAACAUUUCCUCCUGUAAUCACCAGAGGGCAGUCUUGGGUUUUACUGUUUCAAUGCUGGGCACACAAUUCAAAACAAACGUUUCUUCUUAUAGUAUUUUUCUUCAAAUGUUACAAAAUGUUACUGUCGAUUAAAUCACAUGUAUACUUUGGUUUCAGGACAUUGGUAUGAAGCUAGCCCUCUAUUAUAGCUCAAACAACAAGCUCACUCUGAGGUGUUUUGUAACCUGCCGGAUUGCGUUGUGUGUUGUUUCACUUUGAAUCAUAUUUAUUUGACACAAAAGUAAACUUAAGACAUCCGUCGGGCUUCCAGGGGCUUUGGGAGGUUUGUAAACGGGCGAAGUGUCACGGCCAUCCUUAUCGGGUUUCAUCAGAUGAGCAGAACGGCCAAGGAUUCUUACCUUGAGCAAGGCACUAGCAGACACUACACACCAGCACUAUGUCAUGAUAGACCUGAUCCAUCAAACAUUCCUCACUGUUCCACACAUUCCGGCCUUCCCGAGGGCUAAUCACUUUUUUUCCAAAUGCAAAUCUGCGUUAUGUAUCCAUAUAUAUCUGUGCAUGUAAUUCCUGUAAUGUCUGGGCAGGUCAGCCCCCCCAACACCACUGCCCCUCCUGGUCCUUCACACACCUCCAGGUGGACCCGAGUCCUUCUGCGGUGGGGGGGGGGUCAUGUUUGUUCGUUCUUUCUAAACGCUAGAAAUCCCAAAGCAAAUGGAGUCACUGUCACUUUUAGAUGAUUCACUACCAGUACCUGUGAGCAGCAGAGGAAAGGGAAUACUAUUUGUUUUUAUUUAGUGGGGAGGGGAACCGUUGCCGCUCUUGUUGGAGAGAAUUGCACUCGUUUGUCUGGGAGUCGAGGAGCCCAGUUGGGAGGAUCCAUUAUCACGGUCAUGAUGGACAGUCUCUUUGAUGGGAGGAUCCAUUAUCAAGGUCAUGAUGGACAGUCUCUCUGAUGGGAGGAUCCAUUAUCACAGCCAUGAUGGACGGUCUCUGAUGGGAGGAUCCAUUAUCACGGACGGUCUCGCUGAUUGGAUGAUCCCUUAUCACGGUCGAGAGGGACAGCCUCUGAUUGGAGGAUCCCUUAUCACGGUCGAGAGGGACAGCCUCUGAUUGGAGGAUCCAUUAUCACGGUCGAGAGGGACAGUCUCUGAUUGGAGGAUCCAUUAUCACGGUUGAGAGGGACAGUCUCUGAUUGGAGGAUCCAUUAUCACGGUCCAGAUGGACAGUUGACACAAUCAAUAAUUGGGUGAACAAAGUUACUGAUCUCUCCUUGUUAAGAUUCAGAUGAAGUCAUUAUUUUUACGAGCACCCGAGUGGCUGCAGAUGUAAUCCUGAGUCAUUCCACUCUGUGUCUCCCCAGGUAACCUACAUUAAGCAAUACGUUCUGAAUGUUUAACAGAAGGACUAGAGAGAUUUAGCCCUCCACAUUGUCUGCUUCUUUUGUUUUGUUUCGCCAAUAUAUUUGUUUAAUUUAAUUGUCUAUGUAGAUAUUAAAGAUUCGUUUUUUUGCCAUUAUGAUAUUCUGACCAUCACUCGCAUCAAGGGAAGCAUUUAUAAGUGAUUUUAAUGAAAUUAUUUUGGGACUAUCGGGACAUUUUGGUAUUAACUUAGUGCCAUUUUUUUGUACUCUUGGGAGAUUGGUUAUUUCUUUGCCAUUUGCAGCUAACAGUAGGCUUAACAUGAUAAAUAAAAGCUGUUCACUAUUUGGAUUUUACAAUUAAAGUUUUGUCUAAAAUAUGAUGUUUCUUCUAUUUACUUCAGCCUAUCCCUGUGUUACAGCUAAUGUUAUAAGACUGUUAUUAAAAAUGACUACAUUUGUUUCAGA